AUGGCUCAUAGAAAAUUACAACAAGAGGUAGAUCGAGUCUUCAAAAAGAUUAAUGAAGGUCUUGAAGUCUUCAACACGUAUUACGAACGUCAUGAAGCAUGUACGAACAAUCCCUCACAAAAGGACAAACUGGAAUCUGAUUUGAAAAGAGAGGUUAAGAAAUUACAACGAUUAAGAGAUCAAGUUAAAUCAUGGCAAUCUUCACCCGAAAUUAAAGAUAAAGAUUCAUUAUUGGAUUUUAGACGAUCAGUGGAAAUAGCUAUGGAAAAAUAUAAAGCUGUGGAGAAGGCUUCCAAAGAGAAAGCUUAUUCGAAUAUUAGUCUGAAAAAAUCGGAGAUUUUGGAUCCUGAAGAACAAGAAAGGAAAGAUGUCUCGGAUUAUUUGUCCUCUAUGAUAGAUGAGUUGGAAAGACAAUAUGAGUCCUUGCAAGUGGAAGUGGAUAAAUUGACUUUGUUGAAUAAGAAGAAGAAGACUGCUUCAAGUUUGAAUGAUGAGAAAAAGGAACAGUUGAAAGCUGUACAGGCAAGGUAUAGAUGGCAUCAACAACAAAUGGAACUUGCAUUGAGACUUUUGGCCAAUGAAGAAUUGGAUCCUCAAGCUGUUAAUGAUGUGAAAGACGAUAUUAACUAUUUUGUAGAAUCUAAUCAGGAUCCAGAUUUUAUGGAAGAUGAAACAAUCUAUGAUAGUCUCGAUCUACAAUCAAAUGAAGCAAUUGCACAUGAAGUGGCACAAUAUUUCGCAUCACAAAGUAGAGAGGAUGAAGAAGAUGAAGAGGAAGAUGAUAAAGAAACUUCGAAACUGUCCAAGAAGGAACAAAGGAAACUGGAAAGAGAAGCUAAAAAAGCUGCAAAAUUAGCUUCUAAAAAUGGUCCUGAAAAACCAACUGUACCAAUAUCGGCAAUCGGAAAAUCAGAAGACUCAAUAAUAUCGCCAAUGGCCCCAUCCACUGCCAAAAGUGCAACACCGUCGCCAAUACUCAAGAAGGCUUCCACUGAUACAACAUCUUUGAAAAGUAUACCAACAUCCGCAAGUGUUCCUAAUACAGCAAAGAGCCCGAAUGCCACAUCUCAAUUAAAAUCAUCGACGACAACGACAACCACGACCACAACCACGACGGCAAAUUUCAGCAAUAUCGUACCGGAGUCUCAAGGUGCUCACACACAUAUUCGCCAAGGUCAAAAUGGUAUUACUAGUUCGACGAUAUUGAAACCAGCUACAGUACCCGCUAAACCGGCUGGCGAACUAAAAUGGUCUGUUGCUGCUACAUUGGGUCUCGAGAAGGACAAGAAAUUGGUAACGUCUGCAACAAGUAGUAAACCUGCAAGUACAACUGCAACACCAAGAUCAGUCACACCAUCUUUAGUUUUGAAUAAUCAUCAACAACAGCAACAUGAAGGUCAACAAGUGAAUUUGGACAAUUCAUCGUCUGCAUCAUCGCCUACAGCUGUUACAGCAGCAGCUGUAUUAGCCGCAGGUGCGGCAGCAGUUAAUCAAAACAAUCAAGCUUUCCAUAGAAACCAAUCUAUCUUACAUCAAACUAAUGAUUUACCAUCACUUUCAACUAUUGAAGGAAGAACGCUUACAGAAGAAAAGGUACCUACCAAGAUAAAAGAAGAAGUUGCAACCGGUACUGUUGAUGAUAAUAUAAUACAAGAUGAAGAUGAAACAGAAAUUUCAACUCCAGAUGUAUUUGACGAUGAAGCUUAUGAAGCCCUGGUAUCCGAUGACGAUCUAGAAGAUCAAGAACCACAAUCAAAGAAGUUAACAGAUGAAGAAAUUAAACAACGAACAACAAACCAUGAUACUUUAAUAAACUCAUAUUUAAAAGACUUUGGAACGUUAUUAUUACCAAGUGGUAUCCAAGAAUUCAUCAUAGAAUCCAAGAUUCAUCAAAAUAGGUUAGAUCCAAAUGAUGGGAAGUUAGGUGGUUAUAGAAGAAGCGUCGAUCUUUGUGAAAUCAAUAGACUGGACAAUGUUCCAAAGGGAGUUAAUCCACCUACUCCCCUGGAUGCAUUCAGAUCCACACAACAAUGGGACAUCAUUCGUUGUUCUUUACGUGAUAUUUUGGAUUCGUUUGAUGCGGAAAAGGAUAAUUAUGAUAACAGUCAAUUAUACAAUGAAAUUCUAGAGAAAUUCAGAGGAUUGGAAAUGUUUACAUUAUUUUAUAAUUACUAUUUUGCAGUUACUCCAUUGGAAAAGGAAAUUGCUAAUGUGAUUUUAAAUGAAAGAAAUUGGAAAGUGUCAUUUGAUGAAACAAUGUGGUUCUUAAGACAAGGUCCGAUUAAAUUCCAAAAUGAACUUUGUGAGCUUGGUGAUUAUAAAAUAUUCAAAUUAGACGAAUGGUUGGUAGUGGAUAAAAUUAACUUCAAACUAGAUUAUUCAAGUCUAAAAAUUCAAACGCCUUCCACGAUAACGAUAGAAAAACUACUAGUGAAGAUGGAACGCAGCAGCAGCAGCAGCACCAAAAUCCAAGUCCAAUUUCCUCUGCUAUUAAAGGAGAACAGGAUUUAUCUAAUGGGCAACAGCUUCUUCAACAACUGA